AUGAUAGGUUCAAGGAAACAUAGAUAUAUACUUACUGUUAUAAAAACAUGCAUUAUCUCAUAUCUCUGGUUUUUUAUUGGAAAAACUGCCAUUGUAAAUGCUAUCAUAUCUAGCAGCGUUACAAGAUGUCUCGAAGAAGGAGAGGGUUUUGGUAAUCCAAAAACAUGCAAACCGAGACUAAAUGCCGAAAUAAACGUAUUUCAUGGAAAGAGAAUGUAUAAUUACAUAUUUCGCGACAAGAAAGAACCGUCAAGAGGAUUGUAUGUGAAUAUAGAAACAUCCCUAACAAGUGUGGCAUAUGAUUUGGAAUACAUCAAGAGCGUCCCUUACAUGUACAAGGAGCAUAAUGUAGCAAAAUCAUACAAAGAAACAGGUCCGGAUUUCGAAAACCACUGUCCCAAACUAAGCCACAAUAAAUGUACUAAGAACGAUAUCCCUGAAGAACUUAGAGAAAGUUUUCCUGAGGGGGCAUGUUGUAUUUGUGGCUUAAAUGUUACCAGUAAAUCACCAAGAGACAACUAUAACUGCGAGCAACUGGAUGAAUAUGCUACUGGAGCAGUUAUAAGCAUGAGUUGUUUGGAAAUUAUCGGACCAUGGUAUAAAAUGUACAAGUCGUCUUACCCACCUUCACAAAUUAGAAAGAUUACGGUUAAUAUUUAUAAGUUUGAUUCCAAGAAUGACAUAAUACCGGAUGUCAAAAACCCUAAAAAAGUGGAAGAGGGAGCUUCGAAAGCAAAAAAGACACAAAAAACAGUAAAGGAUAAAGGGACUCCUCAACCAUUAAAACUUGGUGCAGAAUUUGUUCAAGUCACAUUAAUGAACUCUGCAACGAAGUAUAAGGAUGAAAACCUUGACAUUAUGGUUGAGUAUAUGUCUAGUGCAUCAAAAGAUGGCAGUCCAGCUCCGCUAAUAGAUCAAUAUAUUUUUGCUCCAUAUUAUCCAAGAAGCAAUAAUACUGUAAAGGGCGCUUCUCUUAAGGACAAAUGUUUGGAUCCUGGAUGGGAUGAAAAAGCACGUGCGCUUUUGCCAGGCUUGCCAAAAUCGAUAGCUAUUUAUAUGCGUUGCACAAAAAAUCUCAUAAUGGUAGAUAAAAGUGCGGUAGACGAAACUGGUGUAAAUUGUGACAAAAUCGGCAUUGCUCCUGGAACUUGGUAUGAUCACAAAAGACUUUGUAACUCUCCAAAAGAGACAUGCAUCCGAAAUCAACUUGGAUGGUAUCAUGGUGAGUACAAAGAAAAGACGCGUGUACCUAUUUUAUAUGGUGUUUCUCCUACGUUGACAGUAAGAAAGAUAAACAAUCAACUUCCUAUGGAUAUGAAAGGGCCUAAAACUACUUGGGAUGAUAAAAAUUUGGUUCACAUGCUAACUUAUACCCAUAACAUGGAAGACAUAACAAAACUAAAAAUUAUUACAUUUGAUGCCACCGUUACCGAAAUCGUAUCAAGCUCACCAGGAUUCAUUUUAGAGGCCAAAAUUGAUGGUGCAUGUGAAUUAGGGACAAGGAAGCCUUGUAAAAUUGAUAUAAAAACCAAGAAUAUGGGAACCAUCAGGGCUCCAUUUACCCACAGGAUCCAUUGUUAUUGUAAAGGAGACACUGAAGUAUAUGAAAAGGCAUCUGGUAGCGCAACGGAGCAGACAAAAGAUAUAGAAUCCAAUGGAAUAGCUUCAUUUUCUAUGCCGUUACAUUUCAGAGGAGGAAACUUGUCUGAGGAAUUGAUUUGUAAGAUAGAAUUAUUAUCUGGAUCUCAUACACAUCUUGAUACGGUUAGGCUUCCAAUUGUUCUUAAGGGACUUAAAUUAACUCUUUCGGUGGACACAAGGUCGAAGGACAUUCAGCUGUCUACAAGAGAAGAGGAAAUUAUUCCACUGGUAAAAACGGAACCGACAUGUUCCUGCAGCAAAUAUAACAUCUUUUGUAUAUUAUUUAACUUCCGGAGUUGUGUCAGUCAUUAUUUCAAAAAAGUCUACUUUUACAUACUAAUUGGCCUCGGAGUUUUACUUGCGAUUAUUCUUUUGCCAAUUUUGAUACCCUUUGUGAUAAAGGUAGCUUCGGGAAUAGUAUGGCUGUGUAAAUUGCCAUAUAAAAGAUUGCGUCGCAAGAGAAAAAUAGAAUCAAAUAGAAUUUUAGAAUCUAACUGGGAUCAUAUGCACCAACAAUAG